UCACUAGAGCAGGGAUGUCAAACUGGUGGCCCUCCAGCUGUUGCGAAACUACAAGUCCCAUCAUGCCUCUGCCUUUGGGAGUCAUGUUUGUAACUGUCAAUUUUGCAAUGCCUCAUGGUACUUGUAGUUUGGCAACAGCUAGAGGGCCGCCAGCUUGACACCUCUGUUGCCAAACUACAAGUCCCAUGCUGCAUUGCAUGAUUGACAGUUACACACGACUCCCAAAGGCAGAGGCAUGAUGGGACUUGUAGUUUCGCAACAGCUGGAGGGCUGCCAGUUUGACAUCCCUGCU